AUGGCUAGCCCACAGGUGCUAGUUUUCGAUGCUGAGGGCCGCCCAGUGAAGUUUGACACCUGGCUAGACGACCUGCACCUCUAUCUACAGCUCACAGCCAAGGACGACAUCUCACUGUACGACCACGCCCUAGGCCAUGUCACUGCCCCUGCUGCUACUGCUGACAGCACUGCCCGCUCACAGUGGCAGACUCGUGAUGCCCACGCUCGCUUCGCUAUUCGCAACUCCCUGCCGAUAGAUGAGCGCGAGCACUUUGGCCAGCACAAGACUGCACAGGCACUGUACACAGCUGUCGUUGCUCGCUACUCCUCACCGGCCUCUGCCGCCCUAGGCCAUCUCUCCCUCCCCUACCUGUUUCCCGACCUGGCCUCGUUCCACACAGUCGCUGACCUCAUCACGCACCUCCGUACUAGUGAGGCCCACUUCCUCACCCGCCUCCCUGACACUCUGCGUGCUGUCAGGGAUCACUUCCUAGCUCGCUGCCCCACUGAGCUCACCAUUGCCCUCCUCGAGAAGGAACUGCUUGCAGCUGAGGCUAGCAUCGUAGCUGUAGGUGCCUCUCGUGGCGAACCCCGUACCCCGUUCUUUGAGGGGUGUUCUCCUUCCCCCCUUCUUCCCUCUGUUGCCUCUGCUGCUGCUGUCGACCUCCUUGGUGCUGAGAAGGUCGAUACUGCGUCUGCUUCGAGCGGGCGCCGCAGCGGCAAGGGCAAAGGGGGCAAGGGAGGAGGUGGUGACGGCGGGGGAGGCGGUGGUGGGGGUGGUGGCGGCGGUUGGGGUGGUGGUGGGACUGGUGGGACUGGUGGGGCUAGUGGUAACGGUGGGGAUGGUGGCGGCAACGGCGGGGGAGGUGGCAGGGGCGGAGGCGGUGGUGGGGGUGGCGGUGGACGCGGCGGCGGCAGGGGUUGGGGUGGUCGAGGAGGUGGCGGCGGCGGUGGUGGUCGUGGAGGCGCUGGCGGUGGCCAGGGCCAGGAGCACACUCCGUCGCCCCAGGAGGUUGAUCUCCUGAGGAAGGGGAUUGAUAUCUAUGCUCUAGACUUUGAUGCUAUUCUAUCUGCUAUGUAUGUGAUGUCUACUAGUGGAGAGGGUGCUGAGUACCUGUGUGUGCCGCCCGACCCGAGCAUUAGGUCUAGAGCGUCUGCCGCUCCAGGUACUCGCGUGUCUGCUACCCCAGGUGUUGGUGAGGCCACUGCUCUAGGUGCUUGUGCGUCUGCCCCCGCUGGUACUGAGUCGACUGCAGCACUACACACCUUCACACUGGACUCAGGUGCUUCUCGCUGCUUCUUUCGUGACCGCACUGCCCUUGAGCCGCUUGCUCGGCCAGUUGCUGUCUCCCUCGCUGACCCCUCUGGGGGUCCGGUCAUUGCGACCUCCUCCACUUACCUUCCCUGUCCUGCGGUCCCGUCGGGCACACUGUCAGGUCUCCACCUCCCCUCGUUCUCUACGAACCUGGUGGCAGGAUGUGCGCUCCAGGACGGGGGUGUUCACCAGUUCACCCCUGCCUACGAGCGCGUGACACACUGCACGUGUGCUCGUACGGGCCGUCACUUGGCUACCUUCACUCGGCAGCCGGGGUCGGACCUGUACACACUGACCACUGAGUCCCCUCAGGUCGCUGCGUCUGCGUCUGCGUCCGCGUCAGGUCAGCUGUCGGCCCCCUGCUCGUGUCGCUCUCUGGCACACGAGACUGUCCUCUGGCACCACCGCCUUGGUCACCCGUCUGUGCAGCGGCUUCAUGCCAUGCACUCCCGGUACCUUGUCUCUAGCCUUCCCAGGGUCCGUCCUCCCCUCCCUCCCUCACCUGCUUCUCCCUGUCUUCCCUGUGUCGAGGGGCGGCAGCGCGCCGCUCCUCAUUCCUCCUCGUUUCCCCCGACGACUGCUCCCUUGCAGACGCUCCACAUGGACGUGUGGGGCCCAGCCCGCGUCCAUGGUCAGGGUCAGGAGAGGUACUUCCUGAUAGUUGUUGACGACUACUCGCGCUACACCACGGUCUUCCCCUUGCGCACCAAGGGUGAGGUCCCUGAUGUCUUGAUCCCUUGGAUCCGCAGAGCCCGUCUCCAGCUCAGCGAGCGUUUCCACUCGGACUUUCCUGUCCUGCGCUUGCACUCUGACAGAGGUGGUGAGUUCUCCUCCGACCUCUUGGCAGCCUACUGUGCUGAGCACGGCAUUGAGCAGUCGUUCACGCUUCCGGCCUCACCACAGCAGAAUGGGGUUGCGGAGCGCCGCAUUGGCCUGGUCAUGGAGGUCACCCGUACCUCCUUGAUCCAUGCGUCUGCCCCCCACUUUCUGUGGCCGUUUGCGGUCCGGUACGCUGCGCAUCACCUCAACCUCUGGCCCCGUGUCUCCUUGCCGGAGACCUCGCCCACACUGCUGUGGACGGGGGAGGUUGGCGAUGCGUCGCGUUUCCGGGUCUGGGGAUCUCGAGCUUUUGUCCGCGAUACGUCUGCGGACAAGCUCUCCUCCCGUGCUAUUCCCUGCGUCUUCCUCGGCUUUGUCCCGGACGCGCCUGGUUGGCAGUUUUACCACGCCACCUCACGCUGA